AUGAGGCCUCCGGUAAUGUACUUUUUCCUCGUUGGUUUGUGGACUUCUGCCACACCUGUCGAUGGCUUCAGCGCAAGAAGCCUCACUAGCAUAACGCACCAGCGGCUGGUGGACAAGGAGGAGUGGGGAGCUCUCUCAGAUGUUCUGCAGUCUGCGGGGGAUGCGAUAUCUUCUGCAGCGCAUGAUCUUGUCGGCUCUGUGACCGAAUCAGCAGCCAAGGCCCUGCUAGGUGAUCGGGCCGUGGAUUCGUUCGAGCUUCCGCCCCCCAACACCUCAGAGAUCAACAAAGAGGUGGUUAUGUGCGCCAUAGCUCUUAUUGGCGUGCUUGGCGUGGGCUAUGCAGCUGAUAUGCUCCUCCCACCCGGGAAGGUGGCCACGCGGCCCUCUUAUACCUGCAUUGCGACCCUGCUGGGCAGCUACUCCAUUCUAAUUCCAGGAUUAGUGUCGAACUUGUUCCAGUUCUUGCUGGGUGUGCACCUGCUGGGCGUCAAAGUCCUGCUGACAGAGGAGAAUGGCAAGCCAGCCGCGAUUUCUGAAUCGUCUUUUGGACUUGUGCAUCUCUUGUGCAAGACGCACGGCUACGUUGGCGCAGUGCUGGUGGUCCUAUAUGCCAUGGUAAUCCCGUCAGUCAAGCUCAUCGCAUUGAUCUUGGCAGAAAUCUGGCGGGACAGCGAGGACCCCAGGAAAGUCCAGAGAUCUAAGCGCUUCAUCCAGGUGGUGCAGAUCAUCAGCAAGUGGGCAUGCCCUGACAUGUUCGCAUACAUCCUCCUGCUGUAUCUCUUCCGGCACCUGGAUGGUCAGGGUGGCAUCGUGAAAGCACCUGCGCGUUUGGGCAUCGGCUUUGCUUGCUUUAGCAUCUUCUGCGUCUUCUCUACCUUCUCGACCCUCAUGAUCAAGGUACCUGAGACUUCAGAGUCCAUGAGCGAUGAUGCAGCACGCCCUGUGCUCGUACGCUGGUUCGGAACGGAAAACAUUCUGUUGGCGACCGCCGCGCUGAUAGUCACGUUUCUGACCCUUUUCGGCCUGGGCGUCACAACGCCAGUCAUGGUGCUAUAUUUGGACUCGAACCUCUUGAUCCAGCCCAAUGGACCCCUGGACCCAUCCAUGCAGCCCCUCAUCGAUUCGCUGCACAUCGAGGAUUUGGUCAAUUCUGAGGUGACCGUCUUGAAGGCAACAGGUGCGCUUGCCAACUACAUCGCCUCAGGGGAGCUGAAUGAUAUCUUUGCUGUGGUGAUGUUGACUGUCUUCGUGAUGGCCCUGCCAAUUAUCAACAUGUUCUGCCUGCUGGCUGGGGCUUGGCAAAUGCGCUCCAAGGAGCCAGAUACCGAAGCGGCCUGGCAGUAUCUUCGUCAUUCGCAGUGGCUGAAGCACAUAUCCAUGCUGGACGUUUUCGUCAUGGGCAUCAUCGUGAUAACGGCAGCAGGUAGCGCCUACUCUGAAGAAGGAGUUUUGUUCGGAGUCAUGGUGGGCCUCUGGGUUCUCCUGCUGGCUGAAGUCACGCACUACUUCACACAUUACCAGGUGCAUGAUACAUACACCUACCUUGUCAGCCGCGAGAAGAAGUGA